GAAGAGACCAUGGAGCACAGCCACAUCUUCCCUGUUUUUCCCCCAAAUGGGAGCACCUGGAGCCCGGGGCAGCCCCCCUCCGAGGUGGCCCGGGGAUGCCCUCUCGGACCGCUGCCUGUUAUCUACUACAGUGUGCUGCUCUGUCUGGGCCUACCGGAGGCUAACAUCCUGACUGUGGUCAUCCUGUCCCAGCUGGUGCUGCGUCGUCAGAAGUCCUCCUACAACUAUCUCCUGGCUCUGGCGGCUGCUGACAUCCUAGUCCUGCUCCUGAUUGUCUUUGUCGAUUUCAUACUGGAGGAUUUUAUCUUGGCCACGCCGCUGCCGCCAUCGUUAAACAAGGCCGUGCAGGUCCUGGAGUUCUCCUCCAUUCACACCUCCAUCUGGAUCACCGUGCCCCUGACUGUCGACCGCUACAUCGCUGUUUGCCACCCGCUGCGCUACCACACGGUCUCCUACCCAGCCCGCACACGGAGGGUGAUCUUCGCCGUGUAUAUUGGGUGCUUGUUGUCUGCAGCUCCUUAUUACUGGUGGCCUGAGCUAUGGCACAGCUUGCCAGGAAUGGACAGUGGUGGUGUAGGAGGAGGAGGAGAGAGCAACAGGAGAACCGUGGCCCAGCACGUCCUGGUGUGGGCUCACUGUGCCACCGUCUACCUCCUUCCCUGCACCGUCUUCUUCUCCCUUAACGCUGUCAUCGUGCGUAAGCUACGCAAAAGACGCAGCUGUUUCCGCCUCCGCGGCUACUCUACCGGCAAGACCACCGCCAUCCUCCUCGCCAUCACCUCCAUUUUCGCGGUGUUGUGGGCACCGCGCACCCUCAUGAUCCUCUACCACUUCUACUCCCCCCCUCCAGCCUCACCAGGUGCCGGCCGACUGCUCCACAUGCUCACCGAUCUGGCGAACAUGCUCGCCUUGCUCAACACCGGUGUCAACUUUUUCCUCUACUGCUUCAUCAGCAAGCGUUUCCGGGGCAUGGCAGCCAACGUGCUGCGAGCGCUGGUCCACUGCCGCAAGCAGCCGCCGCCGUUCUACGCCAGCCACAACUUCUCCAUCACAAGCAGUCCCUGGAUCUCACCAGCCAACUCCCACUGCAUCAAGAUGUUUGUGUACCAGUAUGACAAAAACGGGAAGCCCAUCUGCAUUUCCUCGUGA